AUGAUAAUAAUUAAAGCAGCAUAAAAUUAAAAAAGCAAUAAGAUUUUAUUGAAACUAUUUAUCGAAAUCCCCAAAAUUAUAAUGAGAAUAUUAAUUUAUAUAAAAAUAUUAAAAUUACAUCACCCAAGUAGUUAAGAUCACAUUUAGUUUUAUUAGAAAUAUAACAUCCUAUAUCAAAUGCAACUAUUUUUAAUAUUUCUUAAAUAUCAGAUUUAUACUAAAGCCCGAAUUCAAAUGAUGCAGAUUGUUUAAAGUUAAAUUUUUCACAAAAUUUACUGUACUAACCUAAAAAAUAUAUUGUACCUAUUCAUAGUUUCAGUGUCAAAGCAACAAUAAUAGACAUAGAAGAAAAAAAUAAACUUGAAAUAGACUUCUAUGUAAAUUUAAAACAUCUAGAAUAAAAUACAUAUAUUUAACUAAUAGCGAAAAAAGAAAAUUUAGGAGAAAUAAUCAUGA